UGGAAAUGAAAGAGGAAAACACACCUCCAGAGGAGAAGGCUGAAGGUAUAUACGUUGUAAUUGACAUCAACUGUUGACGAAUUAUCCUUUUUGAAACACAAGCUUCUGUUACCGUCAUGGAGGCUACUCCGACCUCUCCUCUUUUGCCACCUGUUAGGCCUUUUGCGGCCCGAGAGAGGAGCGGUAGCUCGUCAAGCAAAGGCAGCGAUGGUGGCAGCUCUGCAGCAAGUUUAAUUCUGCCAGGACUCAAAGACGCAGUGAAGGUGCCUACCAUUACGUCGGAGCACCAGUUGGGUCUAACAGAUUUGCUCCCGCCUUCGCCCAUGGCCCUUAUCCACAAUAAAAGCUCUUAUAUACAUUCUCCUAGCGGACUUGGAUCACCCGCGACGACAAGUGAAAAGAGCGCCGCCAGUCUUGGCUCCCUUCCUGCCGCGAAUGCUUCCAGCGCUUCCCUUACACUUGCACGAAGCUAUUCUCCCUCCGGGCCUUCUAACCUUUCUCACUCUGCCUCAUUAUCUCACUCUGGUCUAUCAGCACAAUUGUCGACUGUCGGGCCUCAAGUAUUGCCACUGGAUCUCUGUAAUAUCAUGAGCCAUGACGCCACGAAUGUGCAGUUAGUACGGUCUGUCAAUGAUUUAACAAAAUGGCUGUCUAUAAUCGAAGUUGGUUUUACAACGAUGCUCGAACAAGCCGCAGGGGACUCUAUAGCGGAAGAGCAGGAAGAAGGUGCUAUUGAAAGAGAUUCUUUUACGCAAGACAUGGACGCAUGGAAAUGGGAUUCUGUAACUGAUAUCGUCCUAGAGUCCAGCUAGUUUUCAGAAUUUGAUCAUCUAGAUAUCCUCAAAUUAUAGCCAGUAAUAAGUAGGUAUACACGGACUAUACGGACUUGGUAUGGAUGCCUUUUUGCUAUCCUUGGUAACUACGAAAUAUAAUUAUGCUUGGUGAGGUAUUCAAUGAUGACCUCGACUGCUUUAGUUACACCACAUUCGUCUGUCUUGAUGUGUAUAUCAGGUUUCUCGGGAGCUUCGUACGGUGCAGAUAUGCCAGUGAAGUCUAUAUAUAAAUUUUUUCCUGCACGAGCUGCUUUAUAGAGCCCUUUCGGAUCACGCUGUUCAACUACACUGAGAGGGGCAUCAACAAACACU